AUGCGAAUCCUAGGAGUCAAACACCUUCGCACGACGCCAUAUCACCCAGCUUCCAACGGUUUGGUAGAGUUUCUACGCAGACAACUCAAAGCCGCACUGCUAUGUCACAAUGACACCUGGUUCGACGCCUUGCCUGCCGUCUUGCUCGGGCUUAGAGCAGCCUGGAAAGAAGAUCUACAAGCCACACCCGCUGAGCUUGUAUACGGUGAGCCAAUUCACACACCAGGAGAACUAUUGGCUCCCUCAAAUAAACACGCGGAUGCACCAGGUGUUUCACGAGACCUAAAAGCACAUUUUAAUAACCUGGCACCGGCCGAAACAUCGCGUCAGGGAAUACGUUUUGUUUUUUGUUUCAGUGACCUGAAAACCUGUACCCAAGUUUUGGUGCGCAAUAACCAGAUCGGACCAUCCUCCUUAGCACCCUACGAAGGUCCAUUCGAAGUCAUCGCUAGACACGAUAAAUACUUUAUCGUAAAUCACAAGCGUGCUAACACGGCGAUCUUAAUAGAUCGUAUGAAACCAGUUUACUUCGUCAACGACGUUAAAUAA